UUCGCCUCAGUUGCGUUCAAGGCUAACCCUUCUUCGUGUCAGCUUUAUGAUAAUCUUGGAGAUGAAAUCUUGGUAGAACGGCAGGUCAUUAUACGAUCGAUAAAGAACGCCAUGAGGCGUAAGCAUUUUGGGCCUACGAGUGGGAGAGGCUCGGUUUAUAAUUCCCGUGUCAACUUAAUUUACCUUCAGGGAGCACCGUAGGUUGUGGACACCAAGAUAAGAAAUUUCCCACCAUAUCUUCUUGUCAUUACAUUUUCAAUUCCGCGAGUCCAAGAAAUGCCCUCAUCAAAGGCUGUUUCGACGUGUCUAGUUUGCAAGAAGCGCCCAAAACGCAAGGCAUACCAAUUCUGCUCUAAGCGCUGCACCAACAUCGCCGCGAAAAAGGCUCCCCAACUCCUCAGAGUUCCCAAAAAUCAUGUCAUGUACAAGGACGUUGCAAAGUCUUUCCGCAGCACCUGGAAUUCAAACGCCUCUCGCCCAACCAUCGCGCGUAUGUAUCUGAUUACCUGGACGGAGAAGCUUCGUUCGUCUUUUGACAACUAUCGUGCUAACGUCGCCAAUAAACUGAAACGCGGGAAGAAACUCAAGGAAGUCAAGCGUUUCCGUUCCGAGGCACGCAUGUGCCGCCUUGGCGACCCGGGCAAGUCGACGAAACUGUGCAAAAGACAGCAGUGCCAUCUCUGUCGUGCUAUCGCUACCGGCUUCAUGUCGACUCUCAGCUACAAGCGUGCAUUGGUGAUCAUGGGCAAUCUUAGGAGGACUCGUUUCGGGGGUGGUGUCUAUAUGGCUCCAGCCUCUUCGACGGCAUUCCAGUACGCUGACAACUGCAACACAGGAUCUCGAUACAAGGCAGUUCUUUCAACGAGAGCGGUCCUGGGAAACCCUCAGAAAGUCGUCUCCAACGAUAGACUGCGGUUGUGGCCUAACCCCGGAUACGAUUCCCUCGAAGCGCAUCCUCCGGAUGGCGGACCUGCUGAGCUGGUCGUGUACAAUUACAAUUCUGUUCGUCCCGCGUACCUCCUCAUCCUCAAGUAAUGUAUGAGUAAUUCAUCUCAUAGUCGCAUUCGCUGCGAUGAAGGAAAUCGGCACUCUCGACAUGUGAAGUGUACUGAAAUGUAGUCGUUAGUUCCUUACCGUGGUCGGAUAAUUAAGAAUUCCUUACCCUAGUGCACGGUAGCGGCACUGUAGUCACCAAUGGGAGUGGCUCGGAAUAG